CAGGGAACAAGCAGUUAUAUGCAGGUCACAAGCAGAAGCAGAAAAGUAAACACGAAUGAAUGAAAGGGAUUGACAAGAGUGGUAUUUUUUGUCAGACAAACACAUUUUUUCCAUAUAAAUCUCCCUCUUUCGCCAUGAGACUGUUGUGUUUUAUGAUUUCACGGACUUCUCCGUCCUGUUUUCAUUCUGACCUCCCUGGAUGAACUCAAAUGAAUUCAUUAUGCGUUUGAAACUUAGCCGAGCAGUAUAUUUAACUGUGUUUCUGAUAGGAUGCAUUUUGUUGUGGUACUUAGUUCGGCAAAAUCAUCCAGAGUUCACCAAAACAUGUGAAUUAACAAAGGUGUUUCAAGACAACCUAUUAAAACUGUCGUACAGGGUCCACAAGGUUUUGGAUAUUAUGAGUUUGAAUCAUUGUCUGUGCUAUGGAGCGCUGUGGGGACAAGUUCGAAGAUCAAGCACAUUGCCAUGGGAAGCAGAUGUAGAAUUCUGCGUCAACAAUAAAGAAUUAUCAGCAUUUGAUGAAAAUUUCAUUGACAGACUUUUUAGAAAGCAUAAUUUAACCCUCUUGUAUGAUUCAGCUGAAGGAAUUUAUUCAAUCACAGAUCAUGGAUUCCAGCCUGGAGCCCAAGUCAAAUUAAUUGUAUUUGAAGAAGAUCCAAAACUUGAUGUAAUGCGCAGGAUUGGAUGGAAGAGACGAAUGCUGCCCCCCAACUGUGAAGAUUCUAAAUCUCUAGACUGUUUCCCAGUUCGCCUACUGCGAAAGCCAUUACCAAUGAAGCUGUUUGGAUCGGAGCAAAUGCCUGUUCCUUGGGAAAGUCUUGAGAUUCUUAAGUACCACUAUCCUGACAACUGGUGGCUUGAAGUGUUCCCAUUAAACUGUUAGUAAAAAAAAUUAACAAGA